AUGACAAUGUCGACUCCGGCUUCUGCACUCCAGCCCGCCCAGGCCUUCGUCGACUUUGUCAACAAGGCGGUCACACCAUUCCAUGCCGUGCACGAGUGUGUCCAGCGUCUCGAGAAGGCGGGCUUCACCCGGCUCCACGAGCGCGAGUCGUGGGCAGGCAAGCUCUCGCCCGGCGGCAAGCACUUCGUGACCCGCAACCAGUCGUCCAUCAUCGCCUUCACCAUUCCUCCCGCCGACGCGACCAAGACCGGCAAGCCACUGGGCAUCUCGGUCGUCGGCGCCCACACCGACUCGCCUCGCUUUGUCGUCAAGCCGGUCUCGAAGCGGGAAAAGGCUGGGUAUGCGCAGAUUGGCGUGGAGACGUAUGGCGGCGGCCUGUGGGCUACCUGGAUGGACCGUGACUUGGGUGUUGCCGGUCGCGUAACGCUUGCUGGAGCCGCGGGCAAGGCGAAGCAGGAGUACUCGUCGCACCUCGUUCAUGUCCGCAACCCGAUCAUGCGCAUGCCGACCAUCGCCAUCCACCUCGAGCGCACCCAGAACGACAAGUUCCACUACAACCCGGAGACGCAGCAGGUUCCGAUUGUGGCCUUGGCGAGCAAGGAGCUCAACCGCGCCUUCGUCGAAGAGAACAACUCAUCCGCCGAAGUCUCGUUCGCCGACCCGCUCGACAUCUCCAGCCACCACCACCCUAUCCUCCUUCACACCUUGGCGCGCGAGUUGAGCGAGCAGAUUGGCGAGCAGAUCACGCCGGCGCAGAUUCACGACUUUGAAUUGAGCUUGUUCGAUUGCCAGCCGGCGACGAUUGGCGGAGCGCUGAACGAGUUCAUCUUCGCUCCUCGCGUCGACAACCUCUUCUCCUCCUUCGCCGCUGUCGAAGCCCUCGUGCUCUCCGCCUCCUCCUCCGCUCCUUCCGACGGCCGCGUGUCCAUGAUCGCCCUCUUUGACAACGAGGAAGUCGGCUCAGUCUCCGCGUACGGCGCCGAGUCGAACUUUAUCGAGUCGGUCUUCGAGCGGGUGUCGGUCGCGUUCAAGGCGGAGGGUGAAAGUGAGGCAGAGGCGUAUCAGCGCACGAUGGCGUCUUCGUACCUUCUCUCAACCGACGUCGGCCACUCCGUUCACCCCGGCUUCACCGACAAGCACGAGGAGAACCACAAGCCGCUCAUCAAUUCGGGCAUCGCCAUCAAGACCAACUCGAAGCAGCGUUACGCGACGACUUCCCAGACGGUCUUCCCACUCCGACGCGUUGCUGCUGAGGCGCAAGUACCGCUCCAGGAGUAUCUGGUGCGGAACGACAUGGCUUGCGGAUCGACAAUCGGCCCCCUUGUCUCCAAAAUCGGUCUGCGAACAGUCGACAUCGGCGCGCCCAUUCUCAGCAUGCAUUCGAUCCGCGAGAUGGCCGGCGUCAAGGACGUCAAGCAUCUCAUUGACCUCUUUGAGAAGUUUUUUGAGCGCUUUGGCGUCCUCGACACGCUUGCCGAGACGGUCGACUAG